AUGUUUAAUAAUAAUAAUAAUCAAUUAAAUAGGAUAGUUAAUCUAUCACAUUUGUUAUUAUCAAAGAUAAUUAAAUAUUUAGAUGAUAAUAUAGAUAGAAUAGUGUUUACAUUAGUUUGUAAAAGAUGGUUCAAUGAAAGACAAAGUUAUCUAUCUUUUAAUACUCGUCAUAUCAACAUCAUUAAUGAUAACAAUAAUAAAUAUAUACAUUUAAAUUCAUAUAAAUCAAUAAUCAUUGAUCAAAUCAAUAGAAAAACUAAAUGUAAAGCUGUUGUUGGUAAUGAAUUGUACAAGUAUAGAUAUGAUUAUCUAAUAUCAAAAGAUGAAAUUGGUGAUAUUGAUAGAUUAAAAACAUUAAACAUUGAUAAAAUAUCGAUUAGAUUGGAAGAUAUAGAAGAUAACAAAGAGAAUAUCAAUAAUUUCUUUCAAUUGAUAUCUCAUUUAAAUAUAUCAAAGUUAAAGAAUGUUCAAUCAUGUUCAGGAUUACCAAUGAAUAUUACAUCGAUGUCAUUCUACAAUUCGUUUAAUGAAGAGAUAGUACCUGGAUGUCUUCCACCAAAUUUGAAAACACUAAAGUUUGGUCGAUAUUUUAAUAAACCAAUCAAAUCAGGAGUUCUUCCAAACACAUUGAUUAAAUUGAUUUUCAACGAGUCAUUCAAUCAACCAAUCAAACCAGGAGUAUUACCAUCAUCUUUGAAAGUUCUCAAAUUCAAAAAAACCACUUUCAUUCAAGAUAUUAAAGUUGGAACAUUUCCACCGAAUCUUGAAGAACUGGAAUUCUCUGGAAACAGUACUACCAUCGAAGAUGGAGCUUUACCUCAAACACUUAGAAUACUUGAGUAUGCACCAACAUCAUGGUUACCACAAAUCAAAACACUUCCAAAUCUAAAGACAUUAUCAAUCAGUUUUUUAACACAAGAUACUCAAAUGGAUUUGAAUUAUCUUCCAGUUUCACUCACAAGAUUGGAAAUAUUCGCAGAGAUCGAAUUGGUCAAUGUAAUGCCACCAACAAUUAGAUAUCUGGAUUUGGAGAAUUGUAGUUAUGAUUUCAAUAGUGUAUUCAAAGAUAGAUCGAUUUAUCAAUUGGAUUAUCUCAUGUUAUAUCCAGAACUAGGAGCAUCUCUUGAUGGCAUGAAGAUCAAAGAAUUAGAACUCUAUGUGACAGCAUACAGGGCUGAUAUGAACAAAUAUGUGGAUAUUCCAUUUGGUGUUGAAACACUCUUAGUUCAACAUGUACGGAGAUUUAGAACAGAGAUACCAAGUUCAGUGAAAAAGUUAGUUCUUUCCAAAGAUCUCUUUGGAAUCGAUGUAGUUCAGAAAAGAUAUGACAUGACAGGUUCAGCUUCAAUUCAAGAAUUGGUCAUAAUCUGUAAUGAAUCAUUAUUUUCUGAUAUACCAUCAAUGAUCUUUCCACCAAAUACUUUAAUAGAACUUCCCAAUAUUCGAAAUGAAAAGAUUUGGAUUCGAAUGAUUGACAAUCAAUAUUACCUUGUAUUCAGUCAAUCACCUAUCAUGACAUCCGUUGUCCAUGCAUCACAACUAUUCCGUUACAUUCUUAACAUUGUUAGUGAAUACCAAAAUUUAAAAAAUCAAUUGUAA